ACUGGUGAAUACUGCUUUAAAGUCACUGGGGGAUUUUCAAGCCAUCUGUACCUCAGUGAUGUUCUAGGCAGGAAUAAAUCUGGUUGUUCCUGAUCCUUUGGCUACAUUAAAGUAGGGCCAUGUCAGAAAGAGUGAGAGUAGGCCCUGUCAUUUCGGGGACAUGGUGAUGAUACUUCCAGGGCUGACUGGUUUGAAGUGUUUGACAACAGAGAAUGAAUGCAUUCACACUGUGGUGGUGCACUUAAAGAUGUGAGAUGGACGAAAAUGGUGAUGAGAAUGAAGUUGAAUUACAAAAAGCGGGUAAGCUCGUGGGUGUGGAGUCAAACAUUACUGAAGACUCUGAAACAGAUCAACGGGUGUUUCAGCAAUUAAGUUGCCUAGAUGCUGGUGCUCCUGCUUUUGGACAGAAUGAUCCUUCUGAGAUUUUACCUAUAACAGUGCAUAUUGCAGAUAAUUCAGUGGUGCCCCAGAAUGCUACCUUGCCGAUGCCUCAGAUGCAGCCCUUGCCUGAUCACUUGCAGCUGGUUGAUCAAAAUGGGCAACCAUUCCAAUAUAACCUGCAGUCUUUAGGCGAUGCCAACACACCAAUGAUGAUUGUUGCCAGCCAGUCAGAAAAUGGCCAGUUGUUGCAUGUGAUUCCAUCUAGUCAGCCAGGAAUGGCCCAAGUUAUAAUUCCUCAAAGCCAGCUCCUGGGUGUGACAGGAUUACAGAGUUCUUCUGAAAAUAAACAAAUUGCUGAAGGUCUUCCAACAGUGUCUGUUGCUGAACUAGCAGAUAGCGCUAGCACUUACAUUAUUAACUCGCAAUCACCAUCAGAUACAUGUAAAAAGACAACUGUCAGAGUUACAGAAGACUCUUAUUCAACCAUUCUCCAGCCACUUCCUUCUAAUAUUCCAGCAUGGGCUCGGCGUCUUAGGAACUGUGAGAAAAUUGGAGACUCUUACCGUGGCUAUUGUUCAAGUGAAGCAGAACUGACAUGCGUUCUGACAAUGCACAAACAACAGACUCAGAGUGUGUGGGGAACUCGCCAGUCUCCAAGCCCAGCCAAACCAGCCACAAGGUUAAUGUGGAAAUCACAAUAUGUACCCUAUGAUGGGAUCCCCUUUGUCAAUGCAGGAAGCCGAGCCAUAGUUAUGGAAUGUCAGUUUGGGCCACGAAGGAAUGGAGUGCAGCGUAAGAAAACUUUGGAACAAGAAAACAACACUAACCAGUUAUAUAAAGCAACUUGUCCAGCAAGGAUAUACAUUAAAAAGGUGCGGAAGUUUCCUGAAUACAGAGUUCCAACUGAUCCCCAGAUUGACAAAAAAAUCAUAAGACAAGAACAGGAGAAAGCCUUCAAUACCCUUAAGAAGAACCUCAUAGAAGCAGGAGGAGUUCUGAGGUGGUACGUACAGUUGCCCACCCAGCAGGCUCAUCAAUACCAUGAUUUGGAUGUUACUUACCUUUACUUCCCCCCUGCAUCCUUAUCUGUCCCUGAGGAGGAGGAGGAAGAAGAAGAAUCAAGGCUGGUCAAUGAAAGUAGCCCUGCAUCCUCUCGACUUCACCCACGGGUUUCGGAUAAGAUCCGGGAGUUGGUCAGCCAGGGAAUACACCAAGUAUAUGCUGUCAGAAAGCAGCUCAGAAAGUUUGUGGAGAGAGAGCUGUUUAAGCCUGAUGAGGUACCAGAGAGGCAUAACCUGUCAUUCUUCCCAACUGUAAAUGACAUAAAAAACCACAUUCAUGAGAUUCAAAGGUCUCUGAAUGGUGAUGCCGUGUCAUAUGACUCAGAAGCUAUACCUGCAACGCUACAGUGGACUUCGGACAGUGGGAAUGUUCUGACAGAAUCUCUGACUGUUACCCUUGCAUCAGCUCCAGAAGAAGGAGGUUCUACCAGUGAUUCAGUUAUUACAAAGGUGGAGCCAUCUCAGAGUGAGGAGACGCUGAUGCCUGAUACAUCUCAACUUGUUUCAUCUCUUUCCUCUUUACAGCCAAAGAUCUUUGCACAGCUGCAGGAGAUACAGUUGCAGCCAGCUUUUACAUCAUCUGAAGGAACACUGACCACUCUUGUGACAGUAAACACACAUCAGUUGCCAAAUUCCUGUGACUCUGGAAUGAUUGACGCAAACACUGGUGUAGCAAUAGCUAACCAGCCCUUAGUACUAAGUCAAGGCCAUGUUCUGCAACCUAACACAGCUUUGUCUGUAGGGGACAGUGCUACUUCAUCUAUGAUUAACUUGUCAGUACCGGAUCAAAACUUGGUCAGCAUGGCACAACUGGUUGCUAUGGGAGGUGAAGACAAGAUAGGAGAAGAAGCUUCACAGAUUCUUUUGAGAGAAGGGCAGACCAUUCCAAUACAGAUAGUUGAUGACCAUUCAACUCUUGUGCAAGAAAACCCAGAAGAGACAGUGUGCCUGAGUCAAGUAAAGCAAGAAUCCUCAGAGGGACUACCCCAGACAGUCCCGCUCCAGCUAAAUGAGGCUGCUCAUUAUGAAGGGUCUUACACUGUAACCACUAUAAACUGAAAUAAAGUAUGCUGAGCAGUGAUAUGAUGUUAAAAAAGGUGAACAUAUGCCUCCAAUACCUACGCUAUGCAUGAUUUAGGUGACUUUUCCUGGUUUCUUCUACCUUGGUUUGGGAUGUGGAAAUUCUGUUUGCACUUCACUUGUUGCUGCAUAUUGUAGCACCACAUCUCUUUUUAAGAAAGGAACUGGUAAAUCUAAAGUAAUGCUAACGUGUUCUCUUUCAGAAAUGGUGCACACUCACAUCAGUGAUUGUAAAUGGAAUAGGAUAUUGGUGGAUCUGGAGAAUUCUGUGGAUUAGUCCAUUGAAAGUAUUUAAAUGAACUUGUAUCACAACGUCACUUUUUCUAAAAUAUAUGCUGCUUUUAAGCAUUAAGAAAUGCACUGCCCUGGUAUUUUAAACACUUUCCUGACUGGAAAAAAAGAGGAGAGGAGACAACAAUACUGCUUUAACACAUCAUCACAGCUCUACUACUACUGCAAAUAAGUAACGACGCUGCUGCUACUGCCAGCUUUCAUGCUUCCAAAACCUGCUUAGCCUAUGAACAUCACCUAAAUACGUUUAUGGUAUAUGCUCAUGAUAAAAACAAAUACUGUAUGCAGUUGAAACUAAGGAAAUACUGCUAAGGUAGCACUGCUGAUGACAUUUCUCCUGGUUUGGGGCUCUUUUUUUAUCUAGUAUUAGUGUUUGAGCAGAACACUAUGACAAUCUUUUUCCAAGCUGAUAAGCAUGAAUAGACAUAGUUGCACUUCUGAAGAAUAUUGUUUUUCACUUCCAGAAGUCUCAGGGCAUCAGGCAUGAGUCAGAUGAGAUUUUUUUUUUCCGGGGGGGGGGGGGGGUACAUUUUCUGGAAGGUAUCUGAGAACCUUAAAAAUGAAUUUUUAUUGCUUAGUGUACUACUCAAAAAAAAAAUUUUUUUUUGCUCCUUUAAGAAGCAGCCAUAUAGUGUGUUGACUCACCAAGAAAACUUGAAUCCAUGCCUUUUGCUUCUUUCCAUUUACGUGUUUUAUCACUGUUACUGCUUCACAUUUGGUUUCGGUUUUCAUUCGUAACACUGCAGCCAUUUUUAAAUAAUAGUUUCUAUAGAGAAUGCAGCCUUAAAUUGUCUUGUAGCUGAAGCCCCCAAUAGUUUUAGCACCAAAGAUCCUGUAAAAUGCAAAUGCUGUGUUGCAUCUGUGAGUACCAAAUAAGCUGAAUCUUGAGUUCAUAAAUUCUAUUUUUUGUUAAAUGCAAUGACAUGAUGUGAAAUGUAGAAGAGUUCUUGAUGACAGUCGAAAUGGAGAAGGGCUGUCAGUGAUCAGUAACUUUACUUGAACAAGACCCAUAAAGCUGUUUUUUAAAUGCAGCAUUUGUGGUUGGGAGCACUCUGAAGAUAAUCCUAACAGUGAUCAUUGAUUUAUAGUUUUUAUACUUGUGGGGCAACGUUGUUCCUUCCUGUACAACUUGGCAUCAUUGAUGUCUAUUCUUAAUGGAUCACAAGUUUCAGAAGUAAUGGUGCUAGUGUACAUCGUUGUUAGUGUAGAUCAGGAUUACCCUCAAAUUAUGUGAUUUGUGGGCAAGGUCAGUACCUGUUUUGAGGUAUUUUUAUAGACUUUUAACCAGGAAUGUUAAUGUUCCAAGUAACGUUCUGUAGGUGGUUGCAGCACUGAAGUAUAAAAGUGUCCAGCUGUAUAUCAGUAGUUUGGCCAUUUUUUUUUCAUUUUGACUAUUCAUCUGGUUUCAGAAACAAAUGUAGAUAUUUCAGGGUAAAAGGGGAAAGACUCUGGCUUCACAUACUUCUGAAGGGCAAGUAGUGAAUGUUUCAAGCAGGAGCCUCAUAAAAAAAUCCAUUUUCAAUUCAGAAAGCAGUUAUUUUUUGGUAACCCUCAGCUUUGGAGAGCAGGGUCCUUAGCGCACUGCAACUAUAUCCCUGAAGACUUUAUACCGCCAUAGUGACCAUUUCAUUUGCAGUUAGGUAGUAUGUCCAUUUACUAUAUCUAUUGAGUGCAGAGAGGAAUUACACACAGUACAACACUGUGAUCAGUAUUCUGACAGAGAACAUGAGUUGAAUCUAACCAUAUUUUCACUGUUUGUUAUCAUUAUAUCAUCAAGGCUGGCACAGGGAACUGUAAAAUGCAAACAAAAAAGGUGGCUGGUAUGCUGCCACUUCAGAUCCUUUUAAUUUCUGUUUGGUAUACUAGAAAAAAAAAUUUAAUGCACAAAUGUAGUAGAAUUUCAGAAAUUAUAUUUUAUAAAUGGUACUGAUAGAAGCUAAAUGCCAUGAAAAGUCUUUCUAAAGCAUUUCUGUAAACUACAAAAUGUAGGAUUGCUACUUGCAUUCAUUUGCUUCAUUAGUGUUCUGUGCUAAGCAUUUUUUCCAACUCUGUUUAUGUUAGCACUUAAGCUCAUAAUUUACAUGUGAAAAGUACAGAAUUUCAUAUCUGAAAAGUGCACUGCAUUCUUUUAAUCACAUUAAAAUUGUAUUUCCUUAUUUUAA